ACAAAAUGUGGGAAAAGUGAAACGCUGUGAAUACUUCCGAGAUGCACUGUAUAUGCAGUCGGACAUUGAGCACUAUGUGACAAAAGCCUGCACCUGUCUCAAGCAGAAAAAGCCAUGCCAUGAAAUGAGAGCUCCCUUCACAAUAUUGUGAUGACACAGCCAUUUGAACUUGUAUGUAUCGAUUUCCUCCAUCUCGACCGAUGCAAAGGUAGAUACAAGUACAUCCUUGUCAUUGUUGACCAUUUCACCCGUUUUGUUCAAGCAUAUGCCACCACGUCAAAGUCAGGGAAAACUGCCGCAAACCUCAUCUUCAAUGACUUUGCUCUCAAGUUUGGGUUUCCCUCCCGCAUUCAUCAUGACCAAGGGGGAGAGUUUGAAAAUCAGUUGUUCACUCACUUGAAGAAACUCAGUGGCAUGACCAGGUCCAGAACAACACCAUAUCACCCGAUGGGGAAUGGCCAAGUGGAGCGGAUAAACAGGACAUUGUUGCAAACGCUUAAGACGCUGACUGAAACACAGAAAUCAAACUGGAAAGAAUCUCUGAACAAACUGGUGUAUGCCUAUAACUGUACCCGUUGCGAAGUGACAGGUUACUCACCAUUUUAUCUGCUGUUUGGGAGAUCACCUUGGCUUCCAGUUGACAUGCUGUUCGGACUGUACACAGAGUCAGGAUCCAGACAACCAGACUAUGUGGAGAAAUGGAAAUGGGGUAUGGAGGAAGCAUAUGCAAUUGCAAAUGAGAAUGCUCAGAAAGCUGCUGAGAGGAGUAAAAGGUAUUAUGAUACCAAAGUGAGGAGUUCAGUGCUACAGCCUGGUGAGCGGGUCCUGAUCAAAAACCUGACACCAAGAGGAGGACCAGGUAAACUCCGUGACUACUGGGAAAAUACAGUUCACACAUUGGUGAGACAAAUGGGAUCUGAUCUGCCGAUCUAUGAAGUGAGACCAGAAAAGGGUAAGGGACGUUCCAGGGUCCUGCAUAGAAACCUGCUCAUGUCCUGUGAUCAUUUACCUUUUGAGACACAGCCUGAAAUAACUAAAAAUGACAAAAGUAAACAGAAAAGAAGGCACACGCAUGUGGCACAGCCAGAAGACUCAGAUGAAGACAGUGGAGAUGAAUAUGACCUUCAUUAUGAGCCAAUUCAGGUCCCCACACCACCAGCAGUAGCUACUGAGAGACAUGUUAAGCAAGAGAGACAUCCUGAACAUGAGCCUGAACCAGUAGAACAGAGAGUUGAACUAGCAGUCCCCGUUGCCAUGCCAACCCAGCCUCUCAUUGGAGAUCAGCCGGAAGAGCUCAUCACACCUGAAAACGUGCCGGAUGAGGAGAUGAACGUACCUGCAAAGAAUCUGCCUGAUUCACCAGAUGCCUCUCCUACAUCAAGUGCUGCUGAACCUGAGGAUCUGACCUACCAGCUACCACAGAGAGAGAGACACCCGCCAAGGUGCAUCACCUACGAUCAACUGGGUACUCCGUCCUGAAAUACUAUCCGGCCACAGCCGCAGUUGUUGCCUUUCUACCGUGCACCAGGUCUGGUCCCAUGGUUGCCACCCUUGCAGCCAUACUACCUUCAGCCACCCUGUAUGUAUGGACUCCAGCAAAUGUGAGUUUACAGACGUGACAUACUGAAAUAGAACCAUGAACUACUAAUGGACUGUUUUCAUAGACUGUUUUCACGGGCUGUUGAAAUGAACUUUGAAUUUGCAGACUGCACAAAUCUUUGAAACCGAUGGACUGUUGAUCAAGAGUAUGUGCAAAGACUCUUUAUGGACUGUUUAUACAGUAGCCAGUCAACAGAUAUGGACUGUGAAUAUGGACUGUUGACAUAUUUGAACUCUGACCUUUGACCUAAGUACAGAAGAGGAUUUCCAGUGUCAAGUUCUUGAGAGACUGUUUAAAGGACAAUUGUUUGAUUGAUUUAAUGUCGAGACGACAUUUAUUUUGUAGGGGAGAGUGUAACAAGUUAAACGGUCAAAUGUUUAAAAAAAGAGAGUUAAGAGUGUUUAUUUUUUCGCAGUUGUUCCAUUUUAAUGUGUUAAAACAUUGACAAUUCAAGUAAGUAUACUGCUGAUCAGUCAUCUAUUAGGAUGGUCUGAAUCCUGGGAGCCACUCUGGGAUCGAUUGCUUUAGUCUCCGCCCACAUACCUGGAGGAAAAGCGGUAAUUUUCCAUUCGAGUAAAGCUCUCGUGGAAGUAACACCGUUCGUCAUGCUUGUGACUUAUUUCUCCUCUAUAUAGUGACUAUGCCGCUACAGAAAGAGAUCCUGAGAGAAGUGUGGACUGAGAAAACACUCCACAAUGACACAAAGACACAGCAACAGAAGCCAAAAAAGAAGAAAGCUGAGUCUAUUCCCGCAGAGAGCAAUGGGACAGAUACUAAAUCCAAAAAAAGCAAGAGUAAGAAAAAUGGAGACCUGUCAACAGAGAGCAGCCCUGCCACUCAAAAAAAUGGUGAAAAAGUGAAGAAAAAGAAAACUGAAAAGGAAAGAGAAAAUGAAUCCCCACAGAAGGAAAAGGCUGACCCCAAAAAGAAAGCCAAAAGUGCCCCGAAGAAGAAGAAAAGUUCGACUGAUGAUGAAGGUAAUAGUGAUGAUGAAGAAGAAAUGGCAGCACCCCAGAAGAAAACAAAAUCAAAGUCUUCGAAGGACGGUUCUGAUGGCAAAGAAAAAGACAAGGACAAGAAAUCUAAACCUAAAGAGGAAAAAGAAGACAAAGACAAUAAAGGAAAGUCUAAGACCAAAAAGAAGGAGCCGGCCUCUAUGUUCCAGAUAAAUGGAGACAAACCUACCACUAAGGGUAAAAAGAAAGCUGCCAAAUCAGACAGUGAAGAGGUGAGUGAGCCAGAAAGCAAAACCAGCAAGAGCAAGAAAAAGAGCAGUUCAAACCCAGGCUCCAUGUUCCAGGCCGAUGGAGAAAAGGAUAAAGACAAGGCCAAGGACAAAAAGUCUAAAAAGUCCAAAAGUCUGGCAAAAGCAGAAGAGAGUGAUGAAUCAGAGUCUGAGGUGACACAGAAGAAGAAAAAGGGAAAAGGAAAAAAGGGGAAAAAGGAGGAACGAGCCCCUUCCCCAGUCAUCGAGUUUGAUGACCUGGAAGAGUUUGUGGUUCAGCCGGCAGAACAGGGCAUCACAGUGAAAUGUAAAGUGACCCGGGACAAAAGAGGAAUGGACCGGGGUCUUUAUCCCACUUACUACCUUCAUCUAGACAAUGAAAAGAAGCAGGUCUUUUUGCUGGCGGGGCGGAAACGCAAAAAGAGCACAACCUCCAACUACUUGAUCUCAAUUGACCCCACUGACCUUUCAAGGGGGGGUGAAAACUACAUAGGGAAAGUAAGGUCCAAUCUGAUGGGCACUAAAUUCACAGUAUUUGAUAACGCACUUCAUCCUGACCGAGCACUUCCUGAUAUGUCAAAUGCAAGGCAAGAGCUAGCAGCCAUUAUUUAUGAGACCAACGUGCUGGGAAUGAAGGGUCCAAGACGAAUGACUGUCAUUAUCCCUGGCAUGGACAAAGAUGGAGAGCGAGUACCCUUUCGCCCACGCAGUGAAAAUGACGGCCUCCUGAUUCGACACCAAAACAGGAAAAUGGAGAAUCUGAUAGAGCUUCGCAACAAGACGCCUGUGUGGAACGAGGAGACGUCGUCUCAUGUGCUCAACUUUAACGGCAGAGUCACACAAGCCUCUGUCAAAAACUUCCAGAUUGUUCACAGCAAAGACCAGGACUACAUAGUGAUGCAGUUUGGGAGAGUUGCAGAUGAUGCCUUCACCCUGGACUAUAACUAUCCUCUGUGUGCAGUGCAGGCUUUUGCUAUUGCCCUCUCUAGCUUUGAUGGUAAAAUCGCCUGUGAGUGACGGCUUCAACCCACAGAAACAUACUCUUCACCACUCUGCUUCUGUAUGUCUCCGAAAGGACUGAAAACCAUCAGUCUAGGAACUAUAUGAGAAUAAUGAUGAAAAGUCUGCGUUUCUUACCUGCUAUGCUCAAAUAAUGAAGUCUAGGGAAAUCUUAGGUGGCACACAUUCUGAAGGUUGUUUUCAAGAGAUUUUGACAGGAAGGAAAGUGCAGGGUUUUUUCUGUUAAAUGUGAAAGAUAUGAGACCCAGGUCAGAAUUAUAAGACACAGGUCAUUUAAUAUGUUUAAUGGGAUAUUUCUGAGAGUAGGAAUGUGUGAAGAAGUAUGAAAUGAGUCUUUGGAUGUAUCAGGAAACUGCAUGCUAUAGAUAGUUAUUUUAAUAAUGCACAUUUCUAAAGUAUAACUUAGUCAUAUUAGAGAAUUGAGAAUUAAUGUUGGCCUUUUCAAGUCUUGGGUGUUGAUUUAACUGAAAUAUGAUUGAUUUAAUUUCAUCUUGUCAAAUUGUCAAUUUUGAUAUUAUAUGCAUUAUCUGUGUUUGUUGUCUUUGUUUUUCUUUUUGCACAUCCUCCAAUAGAUCUCAUUAUAUCCAUAAAUAUUUAACAUAUUGUAUGACUGAACUUGUUUUUUGUGUUGAUGGCCUUUUUAAUGUUUUACUAUAUCAUCAUUGGUUUAUGGUCAUUUGUAUGAGAUUUAGAACAUUAAUGAGACAUCAUAUUCCAUAAAAUAUUUCUGUAUAAAGCUUAUUUCAUUA